UUGGACCAGUCCCCCACCGUCCCGUCAGUUGGAUCUGAGUCCUUCUGUGCAAAGCCAGUGCUCGCGGUGGUCGUCCAGAGCUCGGCUGGCGGCUUCGACCCAAGUCUUUCUCACUGCCUCGUUCCUUCUCUUGAGUACUUUUCUAUAGCAUCUCGUGUCUUGACUCUGGGCAUCCCCAAAGUUCCUCUUAGUGGCGCAAUCCAGAUCUUAGCCAUGGCCACAGUCUCAGCACUUCAACCUGUGCAUGCCGACGCUCUUCCUGGCAACCUUCAACUAAACUUCUUUCAGAGCGACCUUGCAGUCCCGGACAUGGACAUCAAAGGCCAUGGAUACGCGCCUCCCUCCGACAAGGUUCUCAGUGCCUACCCUAACGUCCUUCAAGCACAAGCUCAGAAGGACUCGGCUUCUUUAAAUGAACCUCCUACGUCCGUGCCAGACGAUGAACGGGGCCGGAAUGAUGGAGAUCAUGACCCACUAAAUCCAGUCUUGGAGAAUGGUCAGCACUUUUCCCAUCCCAAGCCAACCUCUCAAGGUGUCUCCGCUCGUCACACCACCGGACGUUUCAGUCUAGAUGAUGACACAAGUAGCGGAAAUGUCCCUCCCUUAUUGAAUGGUGGCUUGAUGGACUCGGGAUUCCUUAACGACUCUUUUAAGUCUCUUGGGGAAUCUCUCACAGUCUCUCAGCCUCCUCCUUCAUCACCACUACAGGUCCAGUCUUCCCGAGACAUUCCAGUAUCGCUCCACCCUGCGAACAGUCGACAAACCCCCUAUCACUUAUCCGAGGGUGCAAGUCAUCCCAGGUUCCCUCCCAAUUCUCUGUCGAGGCCCUAUAGCCCCACACUAGGCAUUCCCAUCCCGAUAUCGACGAACCCCCGGGCAUAUCCCCAACACCCCACAUUUAUCACACCUGCAGCGGCUCCAGAUCCAAUAAAUCCCAUCCUUUCCCCCACUCCGCUCCAGCCGCCGGAAGAGGUUUGUGUUGAGUGUGCCAUGCGCGACCAGGACAUGGCAGAUGUGAUCGUCACUGGCCCCGGAGUUUGGGACCGUGAGAGCGACGUGCUCUACCAAGAGUUAUUGAGGAGGGAAGAAGAAGAAGAAACCGCAGGUAUAUUGCGGUCAGAGUGUUCUUCCCGACCCCGGGCUAGGGGUGGGCGCCUCACCGAACAGAACCUCAAACUAUGGAAUAUGAUGAACCCCCGAGAACCAAUGGCAAGGCAGCAGACUUUAAGCCAGUAUGUAAAGGCUCAGCGAUCUCUACUCGAGGCCGAAGCUUUGGCACACGCACGGGCAAUGCAAGAGUCUAAGCAGCUCGAGAACUCAGUCAAGGACACUUAUGCACAGCUUCGACGAUCGGUGCUUGAGCUGGAUGGUGUGGAUGACAGCGCUUUCAAGCUCAAACCCUCGCGUCCUACUAGUGUUGUAAAUGGAAACGGGACACACCAUAUUCGAGGGGCAUCUCGUGACAUCACGUUGCUUCGAAACGGUCUCAUUGUGGAACAUGUCGAUGUCCGUCGUGAGGAAAAGGACGAACGAGAACGUCGUCGUAGGCGAGAAAAACAGGAGCGCAGUCGCCCUCGAAAAUCUUCGCGUGCUUCUGCCAUAGAUGUCACCUCGCUCUAUUCCUCAAACAGUAUCGUUCCUCACACUGACAAUGGUUUUGGUGUGAUGUCAAGCCCUCGGCUUUCUGGAGUUGGUACUCGACCUGCAAGCUCGCUUACUGUCCCAGUUGACAGACAGGCAAGCCUCAGUCAAGCGUACUCGCAGGCUUCGUUUUCGGAUGCGCAUAGCCCUGGUUCUGUAUCACCGAGACGCUCACGAUUCUUCGGUUUCAAAAAUCUAAGCGGCGCUUGGAGAAGCCAGGACAGUUUGGCCGCUUCAGGGAUGUCAGGGAGUAUGAUUGACAUGCACGUAGCGCUGCAGCGCGAAAAUUACGCGUCAACUGUUCGUCCGCCAGCGGACAGAAGCAGGUUACCUUCGCAGAUGCAGAGUCAAUUAUGGCCCCCAGCAGAGGACCAGGAUGGAUCUACUCUUGCCGCAGCUGAUCAGAAACCCAAGAAAAAGAAAAAGCGCGGUUUCGCGAAGAUCUGGAGUCUAGUCAAAGGAUCGUCGGGCAAGAGCGACACUCGCAUCGAAAACUUAGGACGUUCUCAAGAUCGUCAUGACGACGACUCACCCCUCACACCACCCCCACCACUGUCGUAUUUGGUGGAACGCGGACCCGGAGAGCAUCUCAAUGGGAACGGACGUCAUGCAUCGACUCCGUCUCUUCUUUCGACGACAUCACCUUGGAACGGGUUAUCAUCACCCGGUAUGUCACCUCCCACGGCUCCCUCUAGUCUUCUCCCAUCACCCACUUCUUCGCGUCCGUCAGGGGGAAACGGAGACGUGAUCGAGAAAAAAGUUGCCCUGCUAACCGAUGACAAAGAGGCACACGAAACUGUAGCGCCGGAUGCUAGGCUCAGGCCAGUUCAUCCUGUCACAUCUGAACCGGAUAUCCGACAGAAAGUCCAGUCGCCCAACAACAUGACGCUCCCAAAAUCAACAUCUACAAUGUUGUCGCGGGAAAAGUCGUUACCGCCACUUCCAGGAGAAUGGAAGCCAAGGUCACAAAACAUUGGGAGUGAAUCUCGCCCGCAGAGCUUCUACACCUAUGACCCUCGCCAUGGUAAUCACGAUCCAUAUGAUUUAGCACCUCCCCAUGCACCUUUCCGCACGGAAGCCAGGCGCCAGUCUUUCAGUGGCGUAACUUCACGUCCCACACUUGGCAUUCAAACUAUGCCAUCCGGCGGUCACGAUUAUACGCGGAGCCCAAAUGGAUUUUAUAACGAAUUCGGCAUCUCACAGAGGUCUCUUGGUCGCCUCGACAACAUUGAAGAGAACCCUCCCGUUCCCCCCACCCCCAAGCGCAAGAGCAAGCUUAUCUUUGCUUCCCUUCUCGGUAGGAAAUCCAACAACCCUUGUGAAAUGAGUGGUUCGAUUUCACACGAGUUUCCGCGUCUGUCGACACCGAUGUGCGACGGAAAUGAAGACAGUUUGUAUUCUGCAUAUACCAGUUCUCGACAAAGCGCGGGACCCCGGAUGUCUAUUAUGUCCCGCAAAGCCAUCGAGGAACUCGUUGACCAAGAUCGCGAGUUUGUAGCCUAUCGCUAUCCGUCACAGACCCACUCGCUCGGUGACCUUCUCCGAUGACGCAUUGCUGAAGACUGCACCCAGUCAGUUCCUUGUAGUUUUUUUUUUGGUUUAUAUGGAUUUGGUUCUUUCCAUGUACCUCAGCCCCCGCUCGCCAGACGCCCCCAUUUCUCUCAUGAAUCACUUCGUACCUACUUGGUGUUUCCUCAGGACAUUGCCCGACUUCUUUUAUAAUCGGUGUUGUACAUUGUCCAAAGCGCACUCGUCUCCACGUUCGACAUGUAUAUGCAUGAGCUCUAAGACACUUUCUUUGAUAUGAAAUGGCGGUAGUUGCAUUUGCGAAGAGAAGACAAAGUGGGAACCAACUAACAACGUGAUUGGCAGAUAAGAGAACGGGUACCACGUGAUCGAAUAGAUUGGCCGCUAGGAGGCCAGUGGACUGC